AUGUUCGGAGUUGUUUUUCCAAACCGAAGCUUCCCAAUGGACAUCUCAGCCUUCACCCAAAUCGACACCUUCCACUGGGUCCUCGACAUGAACACUUUCGUAGGCGAGGCGUAUGACCAAGUUCGCGACCUCUGCAUCUUCCUCCUCGACGGCUUCACCCUCCCGCCGGAGAAGGCGCUCGCCGUCUACAUCCAGUCGCCGGGAUCGCCCUUCGUCUUCUGCGGCGCCGUCACAGUGGCGCGCCCCUCUGCCGUCCUCACCCUGGCGUGGCCAGAGCCGGGCACUGGCGGGCCGCUGCAGCUGACGGCUGACGCGCAGCCGCUAUCGGCGAAGAUUGGUGUGUCGGUGGAGGAUCUGGCGUCGCUGCCGUCGCUGGACGUGGCAGCCGGGAAGCGAAUUGAAGGUUUGGCGAUGAAGGUUGGAGAGAAUCUCUUCAAUUUCAUGCAGUCGUUCUGUGGUGUGGAUGGGUCCAAGUUGGUUGUUCCCAUGGAUAUCUUGGACAGGUGGUUCAAGAAGUUUCAAGAACGGGCCAAGCGUGACCCUGAAUACUUGAAGGGUUUCGCGUUAGAUAAUGCAAGUAAUGCAAUGCACUCAAAAGCACCCCAGAUUAAUUCUAUGAUUCUAUCCGAAGGUAGGUUUGAAGGUGUCAAACGCGAUUUGAAAGAAUGCAGAAGGGUGAGAGAGGUGGUUAUUAUUGGUUGUUUAUGUGGGAAGGAAGUGAAAAAGGAAGAAAGUGGAGAAGGGAAGAGAGGGUUGGAGAGAAGGGAAACAGAGCGCGCUUUAAAUGCGGGGCAGACAACAGAGUCAGCGACUUUGGUGAAAGACACUCAGAGGACAAAGUGUACUGCACAUGUUAAUCGAGUCAAGAGGAAGAAGAAGCUAUAUGUUCAUGGAAUAUUGUUGGAUAUAUAUGGCCCUGGUUCAAGGCUUAUGAACAACCAUUUUGGAAGAGACUGUUUUUUCAACCCCGACACUUAG